GCAGCCGUCUGAUCAGGAGGUGAAGGACUUCCUGAGCCAGGAUGGCUCCAUGGCUGACAGUUCGUCUCGUCGCAGCUCAGCUAACAGUCUGUUCCUGAAGGCGAUGGACGGCCGUCCUCGCCGGCGUCGGAGUCUCUACUCCCUCGCCGCCCGAGGCUGGGGAAGCCCCCAGAGCCCCCUGCCCCCCAACGGAAGCCAGUCCAGCCUGAAGGACCCCCUGGCCUUGGAAUUGGAGGACCUGCCUGUCCCUUCCAACGGCGUCGUCCACCGCCGGCCGUCUGCCACAGAGCUGUUCCUCGCUCCGCUCAAACAAUUUAUCUCUCAGAGCCAGAAGGCCCUCGAGUACCUGAGCACUAGCUCCCCUGACAACGGCGACAACAUCGACAGUGCCAACAAUGGCGAGAAUGCUGACACCAUUGAUCACAUCAACAGUGCCGAAUGUGCCGACAGCACAAACCGCAGUGACAAUGCAGAUUGUGGCGAAUACGGUGACGCCACUGACUAUAGCGACAACACCGACAAGGUAGACCGCGGUGUCAAUGCAGACUGUGGCGAAUACGGUGACGCCACUGACUAUAGCGACAACACAGACAAGGCAGACUGCGGUGACAAUGCAGAUUGUGGCGAAUACGGUGACGCCACUGACUAUAGCGACAACACAGACAAGGCAGACCGCGGUGACAAUGCAGACUGUGGCGAAUACGGUGACGCCACUGACUAUAGCGACAACACCGACUAUGGCAAAAACGCAGACUGCACUGAUAAACCUGACAACAGCGACAGAAUUGAUCGCGGCAACACUGAAAGUUCAGACUGCGGCAACGAUGCAGAUAACGAUGAAUGCGCAGACAGCGCCGAUCGUGGCAACAACACUGACGGCUCCCACUGUGACGGCAGCGACUACGGCAACAGUGCAGAGAGCUCCGAAAACACAGACUGUGAUUAAAUGAUUUGAUUGAAUAACAAACGACUCGACCUGUUCAUGUGCUGUCAGCUGAAAAUCUUUAUCUGAAACGAAACUUGAUCGUAACGGACUUUCAGUUCAAGGCGGACAUGAGUGUGAGAAAGUUUUAUCCUUAAACAAUAUAUUAUUAUUUGAAUUUAUCAACAGAAUCCAGCCCUGUCCACGGCUACACGUAUUUCUAAAAACAUAGCGUGUUUUAGGUCACUGAAGACCUUUUUGAAAACUCCUUCCAGGGUGAAGAUCUGCAGAAACCCUGUUUGAAGUGUGCAGACAGUGAAACUGAGUUUUGGGUUCGUGACGUCAGAGUUUACGUCGUGAUCUUUUGAUUUAGACGAGGAGGUAAAACCCCGUUUAUAAAAAUCUCUGUACGCGUGGACCAGGCCUCUGUUUCUCUGCUGUUUGUGUAACUCUGUAUCUACGAAGCCUUCAUGUAAAAAGUAAAGCGCAUCUGUUCCAACAUGCUGCUGACUGACAUCUUAAAAUA